AUGAUAUCUACGCAUCUUAAGAAUGGACAGCAGGAAGACAUCUUUAAAGAAUCUGGACGCAUCGCUGUCACGAAGCCGGAGUCAGACGCGUCCCGAGUGGAAGUCUACGAGCGCAAUUCGGAUGUGGCGCUCGAGGCCAUUGGAAUCCCGAUGAAAGAGACUGCUAAGUGCAGACUAAGGAGUUUCUCAACUAGCGGCCGCCGCUCUUCCCGGCCCAUGACGUCUUCAGGGGCAAUGACAACAACAACGAGGUCUGUAGCGUCCACUUCGAGAAGCACCAAUGCCAGCCGCAGAAGCAGCGUCGACCUCGAUGGAGAACGCACUGAGAUCGACGCUGAAGGCAUCACCGCUGGAGAAGAACAAGCUGGGAAAUACAGCACACCCGAGGACCGAAGUCUUCCCACGACACUCGGUCAGAGCGAGUGGGGCACGAAACAGCAAGGCGCCGUGGACAUCGCGGUCGGUACGCUGCUACUCGUCCUCGUGCUGGUGUUGCUUGUGGGCAUCCUGUACACGCUAUUCACUGGAAAGAAAGACUCCCUGGUCGCCUCCUGCACCGACGAGUGUCUCAAUGCCGAGCGAUACCUUGAGAGGCUCAUAAACGUCAAGUACAACGCAUGCGGAGCUUUCUACGAGCGUGUGUGCAGUUCCUGGAGUUACACCGCAGACUCUAAUUUCAUCAACGACAUGGUGAAGGAAGUUUGGCAGCGUCUCAACAAGAGUUUCCUGGAGGACUCCGCGAGCACCGUUUCGUCAGCACAGGUCAGAAGCGCUCGGACCAUUUACCGGAGCUGCUACGCGUACGCCAGGUUAGAAACUCACCUCGAUUCCGUGUUGAAAGAUGCCGACAAAAUCAUGAAGUUCAGCAGCCUGCACAAGGUAGAAAACUGGAACGAACUACUUCAGUCAUUGAUUCGCUUUUCCCUUGAGGCAGACAUGCGCACCGUCUUCUACGUUGAUUUAAUUGGCGACAAAAUCCGGCCUGUGCUGCACAUCGCUCCCGGCCAGUCGAUAAGUCGCAAGCUCCUCAAUACAGUUGGCAUGAAGGCUGUCCACGACUUUGUGCGCGAAGUGCUCGGUGCGGCGACGCAAAGCAUUCUAGCUAUUGACCAGAGCGUCACUAAUGCUUUCGACACAUACGACGGCUUCACCGAGGAGCAGGGAUCGCUGGAAAGAUUGCUGAGUGAUGCCAUAAAGGGUUUGAGCGCUAUUGACUGGAUCGUUGCUGUGAACAAAGUUGUUCCCAAGGUCAGUCAUGUCCGUGUGAUAGACACGAUUGUUGCCAACGGUAUGGAUGGAGUUAGGGCAGCUCUCAGAGUGCUGACGGACGCUGGACUUAACAAAGCGACCGAAUACCUUGUGGCCAAUAUGGCGGCCAGCAUCGCCGUGUUCGAUCUCGUCAUGCCCAACUUUACAACAAGCCCAGAAAGCACGGCCGCCUUCUGCAUUAGUGUCACAGGAAACAUUAUGCAUCACUCGUGGAUCUAUGUCGCGGCAGAGAUCUUGGCUAUACCAAAUAUACAUGAGGAACUUCGCGAAAUGCUCGCUAUGGUCAAGGAAGCGCUGCUUAAAAGUGAAGUGCUGUCUUGGACCAGCGACGGCGUUUACACCAAGGCGGCAAAAGAGGUCCAGAACGUAUCCCUGCUGCUAGCACGAAGCCGGUCACGGCAGCGAAGCGUGUCAGCAGACCGGGUCGAGGCGAGCGAUGUUUCUGGAGGCGACGAGACCGCGAGCUCGUUAUUAGCCGCACUUUUCGGAGCUUUGAAGGCCGAACGCUCUUAUGUAAUCAUGCAUCCACCAUCAAGAGAUGAAAUGUCGCUAUUGAAACAUGAAAUCAACAACAUCGUUUCGUACGUGGCCUCGAGCAAUGCAAUUGCCGUGCCCGCGCUAUACCAAACGCCGCAUCUAUUAUAUUCGAAGUCUGUUCCUGCGUACUUUAACUAUGGCACAGUCGGCGCCGUUCUGGCGUACGAGACGAUGAUAGCUUUCGAUUUGGCCGCUUCAUACACAACGCUGGAUGGACGCCGAAAGUAUUGGUGGAGCGACAUCGGCCCCGAGCGUUACAACGAUACGAUAGGCUGUCUGCACCAGAUUCACCAAGACCUGGGCUUCAGUAGUGGAGCAGCCGCCUACCAGCCCACAUAG